GUUUCAACAAUUCCUUCAGAAAAAACAGCAACAACUGCCUCAAAUGUGACGUCAAUUGUGAUCACAGCUGCUAUAACAACUGUACCUACGUUUGUUACCUCAAACAUAACGACAACUUCACCUAUUUCCGUUACUUCAAAAGUUACAACAGCACCCAUGUUUGUAACUUCAAAAGUUACAACACCCAUGUUUGUUACUUCAAACAUUCCAAUAACUUCACUUAUUUCUGUUACUUCAAACAUUUCUACGACUCCCAUGCUUGUUACUUCAAACGUUAGUACCACUGCCAAAACAACGACAUCCACAACUAUGAGUGCGAAUAUAAACACUAAUGCCAUUUUUAUCACAAAUGUUGACAUGAAAACAACUACUCAUGUUACAUUUGCAAGUGCUCUUAGCUCAAAUGUUACUACGCCAUCAACU